AAACUUGCAGCAACGCCCAUUUUCCAUGUGAGCUCAUACUAUACUGUAGCUGUAGAUAGGAUUAGCUGCUUCUGCAUCAAUAGAGCUAGAGGAUCACUACAAAGUGUAAGCUCACAUUACAACAGAGGCUUGCACUCAAAUCUAGUCUCAAAAAGCAGACAGUGCAGCAUCAGCUAGCUCACAGAAGCUACAAGACAAAUUUUCCAUAAAAGUGGGCGUGUUUGGAGUUUCUGUAAACAACCAUGGAACUCAGCUGGAGUCAGACUCCCAGCACAGUGUGGUGGGCCCUGGAGAACAGCUCCAGUUCCAUCAGUGUGGAGAACAUGCUGAGUCCACCCUCCCCCACGCGAGAUCGUUCUGGCACACUCUCCCGAGACAAGAGGGAGGCAGCCACUAUUUUCUACAACUAUGCACCAGACGAAGUGGAUUUAGGGGAGACUGAGGAUGACAUCAAGAGGUGGAUUAAAGGGGAUCGGGCUAGAGGAGCUAUCAGAGUCUACCAACCAGGACUCUCCUACUCUGAACUAGUGAAGUGCACAAUUGAGACAACUGCAGAAGCCAUAAUGGCGAGGUUCUUCACCAAAGAGCUGUAUAUACACUAUGGCAACAAGAUAGUGCGGAGAGUGCGACUGGACGAGCAUCCACUGCAGCUGCUUGUUAGGUUUCUCCAGGAGAUUGGUCAUAGCAACCCACAGCGUCUCCAGGUGGAGGGAAUGAACGAGGACCUAGCUCCUCUCUUCAAGUUUGUAGCCGGUCACGAGCACGGGAAGAGGCCUGAGGAUUCUGUGCAGCUUGCUUGUUGCCUCAAAGUCAAGGAGGUGACGGGGAGAGGAGUGGCGAUUUGGAACAGACGAUUUUGUGUCCUCUGCGGCUCUCGGAUGUUUAUUUUUCCGUCUUCACAGCCUAAGGGUAAACCUAACUUGGCUAUCGAUCUUCGUGGCGGUAAAAUCAGCGAGUACAAGAGUAGGAGACAUAUUUUUUGCUUGAGGAUAAUGUCUUUAGGGCGUGAGAUGUUGCUGUCGUUUGAGUCGAGGUUUGAGCAAUCAAAGUGGUUGGAAAGAGCUGGAAAUGUUGUGACGAAGCACCCUCUGGAGGCCAACCUCACCGGUCACUCUCUAGAGAGGCUACCAAAGUACUACUUCCUCAACUACAACCUGGUGGCCAUGAACCUGGCGCAUAACUUCAUGAUCGAAUCUUUUGAGCACACAGAUGCUGCUCUUCUUGGUCAACCACGAACAAUCGGCUGGAUUGAAGACCUCGGGAUAUUCCAGAGACUCGUCUCCAUCUCUCUCAGCGACAACUGUCUCGACCAGUUCCCCAGCUCACUAUGCAGGAUCAGUGGACUAAAGGAGCUGGAUCUUUCCUGCAAUGCUAUCAAAAUGAUCCCGCAAGAGAUAAAGUGCCUCACAGGACUGACCACUCUCCUCCUCCACUCCAACCAGCUGAACACCCUCCCCUACCAGCUGCAGGAGCUCAAAUCUCUCACCACUCUUGUACUAGCGUUCAACAGAUUCUUUGAGCUACCCACUAUCGUCAUGGAGCUACCGUCUCUUGCUAUAUUGGUAGCUUCAGGAAACUACAUCAGUCAAAUCCCAGAGGAUAUCAAUCGCAUACAGACAUUGGUGCAUUUGGAUGUUCGCCUCAACCGGAUCAAGCAUCCCCUACCCUCAGCUAUGGAGGGUCUCCGCAGUUUAUUGAGGCUGAAUGUGAGCGGGAACAGCAUCUCAGAGCUGGUCACGCAGCAGGUGCCGUGUUUGGAAACUGUCAACUGCUCGGGUAACUCUCUGAGGAAGUUGAGUGUGAACGAGGGACCUAUCAAGAUUCUGCUGGCAAAGAAUAACAAGAUAACCCAGUUCUCUGUUGCCAUGACGUGCGACAACCUGACGAGUAUUGACAUAUCAAAGAAUGAACUGACAGUCCUCCCAGAGUCUCUGGCCCAACUCAGUGCCUUGCAUAAACUUAACGCUAGCAACAACAAACUCACCAAGCUGCCAGCUGGUCUUUUCAAGAUGAAGAAUUUGGCUGUGAUUAGAAUGAGCAGCAAUCACCUUGUUAGCCUUCCUCCCGAUUUUGGUGACAACUGUCAAGUGAAGCACCUCGAUCUCCAUGUCAACCAACUCUCUUCACUUCCGGAUAACCUCUUUCAUAAAGCAAGGAGGUUACAGACGCUGAACGUGUCUAGCAACAAGCUGACCUCUCUACCAGCUUCCAGUUCUGAACCAGGACGUGACAUUAGCUCCAUCACAGAGCUCCUGGCCGCCAACAACUCUCUCAAAGACUCCGCCCUUCCUGUCAUAUCCAGUUUCUGCCGAAUACGGAUACUUCAUCUGGCCUACAAUGAGAUGAGGAUUAUUCCGCCAGGUUUCUUCUCCAAGCUGAAUCAGCUAACUUACUUCAAUCUAUCUGGCAACUCAUUUGCGUCCCUUCCCACCAUCUCCGGCUGCCCCCUCCUCAAGACCCUCCUCCUCCACUCUAACCAACUCUCAGGCCUCCCAAAUGUUCUCGUCUUCCCUCACCUGCAGUACCUCGACCUAAGCUGCAACCAGUUCGAAACACUACCUAACCUGGCCAGCUUCCCUCGCCUGCAACAGCUGGACUUGUCUGGGAACACCUCUCUGAGCAUCGACAUGGCAACAGCAAAGGAGCUGAAUCGUAUUGGCAGCUGCUGUUUGGAGGGUGUGUUGGACAUCAAAGGGAGCACCAAGUCUCAGCGAAACACUGUGGAGAUUGGAGGCACCACUACACACGGGAAAUGGUCUUAUGGCUCAGCUACCAUCAUCGGUGUAGAGAGCUCCGUCAACUCCACUGUUCAGAUAAAGUCCGCCAGUCUCUCAUCACGUAAACAAGACGCUGUGUUUGCCGUACUGGAUGGGGGACAGUCCCUGGAAGCCCCUAAGCUGCUCCGCCCGAUUAUCCCCAGUGUCAUGGUCUCGGAAAUGAGAAAGGAGGAGGGGCUACUCAGUGAGGGUGUUCAGCUGCAGGACAGUUUACAGUACUUGGCAGGGACCUUCCUCACAGCACAUAGGCGUCUUGGGGAGGUGGCUACAGAAUAUGGCUGCUCUGCAAUCCUCUCCCACAUUCAUGUACUCAAGGAUGGGACGUAUGUUUUAAACGUGGCCAACACGGGACUGGGUGAGGCCAUCCUCUGUCGUAGUGGGAGGGCAGUCCCUCUGACCACCCCCCAUGAUCCCAGCACAAACUCCAGAGAGAGGACACGUAUUGCAGACACAAGAGGAUUUGUUUCACAGGACGGACGUGUGAACGGAGUGUGUAGUGCUUCUCGCCUCCUGGGCUGCUACUAUAUGUGGCCUCAAGUCAUACCCGCCCCCUCUACAGAAUCAGUCGAGCUGAGGAUCGAAGACGAGUACAUUGUCAUGGGAACAGACAGCCUCUGGAAGCAUAUGACAUACGAGCAAAUCAUCCACAACGUUCGGAGCAUAGCAGACCCGAUUCGUGCUUCAAAGAGAAUCCGAGAUCUAGCCGUGGCUCACGGAUGUACGUCAAACGUCUCAGUGAUUGUGGUCAAGCUGAACAUUGAUCGAGGGCCACUAACACACAAUGUUCUCGACCUGAAAAAGCUUACGUCUGUUGAUGCGUCAGAUUCGUCCGAGGAAGAGACGGACGAAGAGGAAGAAGGAGUAACUAACAUUGAUGAUAUUAUCUCGGAUAGUGAAGGUGAGAACGACGAUGCUCCCCAAACACAAGCUCAAGUAACUGAACUAGCCUCCGGCUAUGACGGAAACAUUGACCAGAUGAUCCUCGAUGCAAUACGAUCUCCGCCCACUGCUAGUACCCUACCCACUGUUCACUCAACAAAUUUCGACGAUUUGCCUCUAACUGAUGAGUCCAUGAGCACCCCCUCCCCACCCAUCACUGACUCAACUGCUCAGGACCUCCCGAAACUUGUACAACAACAGAAAGACAUAUUGUCUCAAUUGGAGGAGAUGAGUUAUGCAGCUCAAACACUGCCAAAAGAUAAUUCCAAAUCCAGAAAGUCUAGCAAAGGGUCUACUGGCCAUGGGAUUGGCAUAGCUGAGACUAACUUUGAGACUACGCAGAGUGACCCCGCCCUCAAACCUGUGAACGGAGUUCGUCAACAUACACUACCUGUCAAGGAGAAGUUCGACCAUGUCAACAAUCGAUUGGCCGCUCUGAACAGAGCCCUCGCUCGAAUGGAGGAGGAGGAAGGUCCUGACUACAGUAUGGAGAGCAUUGAGAGACCUCGCAAGAGGAACGAGAUUAAGAAGAGGUUGUCGUAUGUGGAGCACUCUUAUAACAAACUCACCAACGAUACGUACACUAGUGAUAGUAUCCAUGGUACCAGGAACACUGUACACUUAGACGACUGGGGACAGUAGAGAGCAGCAUACUACAAUAACUUUAUACCAGCUACAUUUAUAUAGACUUUAAUCCAUUGCACAUAAUUGUUAGCCAUGCAGUGUUUUUAUCAAUCUUUUUACUAUCUCAUAAUUUUUAACAAGCUGACACAGUUACUUUAA